AUGCCGCUUCCCGGCACACAAGAGGACGACGCAUCGGGAUCCAGGUCGAGGGCAAGAAGGCGGCUGAAGGAAUCCACAUCAACACCUCCUGUACUCCGCCUUGGCAGCGCACCCGCAGCAACGCCGACGUCUGGAACCCGGUUGGGAAGAACAAAAAGGAGUGCUGCGGCAAGGAAGAAAAAAUCCAGGAGGGGAAAGAAGAGGAUCCGCGGGGAGCGAGAAGAGGAGGAAAGAGAAGCGAAAAAGAGAGAUACGGGGAGGGAGGAGGAGGAGGAAGAGGUGGUGGUUUCAUCUGCCCCCAGCUCGCCACUUUGCGAGCCAUACCUCCCUGGUGACGGGGUGAUAUAUAGCAGAAUUUACCAUCCGGAGAUAUACAAGGCCUUUGACGCUGAAAAAUCCAGUUACCGGCAAAAAUUAGCUGCCCAGUUUGAUCUGCCCACCCUUGAGUUCUUCACAGCUUCCACAUGCCUGUCUGCUGAUCCUAAACUUCUUCCUGGACGUGAAUCUGGAAGAGAAGCAGUGCUUCGUUCUGCUCAUUAUGUCCUGGGGCUUUCAUCCUUUGUUAAUAAUACACUGCUAAGAAGGUGCUCUGGAUUCUGGAUUGAACGGGAUGAAAAGAAAAACACCGGCAUUGUUUUGACAACAGCACAUCUAAUACGCUCAAACUGCCCGUCUAUGGACCACUGGUUAGGCCAAGAUGAGUAUUCCGCUGAGGCUAAGGUUGUUAUUCACUUAUUAGAUGACACCACUGCAGAGGGCCAAUUGAUUUACCUCCAGAAGCAUUAUGAUCUCGCUUUUUUUAGGGUUGGAGUGGAUCAAUCUCUUCAGCUACCUGUACCUGAUUUUAGUAAUAGUGUGGAAUGUGCUCAAGAAGUUUUCCAGCUUGGGAGAGAUGAAAAAAUGAAUCUCAGGAUAACUCAUGGCAGGGCAGAAUAUUUGAAUCCAACUAUCUAUGAUCGCUAUCAUUACAUGUACCUUUCUCGCAAAGAUGUGGACAAUGAGUUUGAUGAUGGAGGACCAGUCAUUGACUUCGAUUCAAAUGUCGUGGGCAUAGUGAAUAAUUCUACCGACGGGUCUUUUAUACCUUCUUCGAUUCUACUUAAGUGCUUGGAUCUGUGGAGGACUCAUGGGUCCAUCCCGCGUCCCCACCUUGGGUUGAAGUUCUUCGCCAUCAAGCUUUUAGACCCUGCUCAUAUUGAGAAGAUACGGCGCAAGUUUAAUAUUGAUCGCGGUCUUAUUGUUCAAGAGGUCUCAAAAGAAUCGCAUGCGGAGAAACUUGGAAUCCGAAUGGGCGAUGUUAUUGAAUGUUUUGAGGGAGAAAACAUUUCUACUACAGUUGAGUUGGAGAACAUGUUACUGGACUUAUCCAAGGGCCAUUUUGCCAAUGGAAAUGACAGUCAUGCAAAUAUAAAUGUUUCGAUUGGGGUGUUCAAUGCUCGUAAAAGACUCUGGAGGACUAGAGAGUUGACUGUAAAUGUUUCUGAUCAAGGGGAAAUUGUUGCAAAAGCUACUCGUCCUUUCAAUAUUGAAGGGAUUUCUGCUUCGGUGCCACCUGACCUAGUUGCUUCAGGAUAAACCGAGUCGCAAUGUGUUUUGCCAAGUUCAGCCUUUUGCAACAGAUACCUAUUUUGCUAUGCUCUUGAACUAUAUGCCGUGCUCUAACCAUCAUGCACGGUCAUCAAUUUUCUUCAAGGAGUAUGAUGGAAGCCAAGGGUUUUUAACUGAUGAUAUCUAUGUUAGCGAGUUUGGUUGAAAUUGCUCAACAGAAGAAUACGUUUAUGUUUGCUUCAAGACCAACGUUGUACAUAUAACUUCUGAAUUGCUGUUAUGUUCACCAACUGUUGAAGAAAGUAUCUAAGCAUGGAGGGAAGCUUCAUGUUCAUCAUUUUGGGUG